AUGAACGACACUUCAAAUAAAGAUAGAUUGGAGGAUCUUGCCUCACUUUUCCUACCGGAUAUUUUGCAUCCUAUGCAAUCGGGUGGGAACACCCCAUCCAAUAACCCCACGAAUGCAAGUACUACCAACCCAUCAUUGAAACAAGAAGAAUAUGAAGGCAUUAGUUCUGACUUUAAUUUAUUAGCUAGAGAUUCUUUAUCAAGAAAUACCAACACCCCACCAACUACCGCACCAAAUACAAGUAACUUUCAAGAUUUCUUAAGCAACAACAAUUUCAUUAAUAGAUCGAAUAAUUCUAUGAUGGCCUACAAUUCAAUGUCAAUGGUUCAGAAUGAUGCAAUGAAUGCCAAUCAACAGGGCCAGGAACAACAACAAUACUCCCAUAUCAGCCAUUAUGCACCUUACAUACCGUAUGAGGCAAAUGCAGGUAUGGCCCUGCAUCAUCAUAUGUCAAUGUUCAACCCAGCCUUUCAACUGAUGUUGCCAGCUGGGAGUCAAAUGUCACCACUGCCAAUGCCUCAAGGUCAACUUCAACAACAACAGCAACAACAACAACAGCCACCAGCAUAUGGUGCAUAUCAGUAUCCAUCUGCCCUACCUACAUCAUUAUCAUCUGCCUACCUCAAUACACUAGGAACCAAUUGGUUUCCAAGUAACAACAGUAGUAAUGCCAACUUAGAGAAUCUUAUGACUAGUGGUGGCUACCCACAAUCUGAUCUUCAAGCACAACAACUGCUGGCAGUUGACGAAAUCCCUCUGACCACUGGAAAUCAAGGCGACCUUUCCAUAACAGCCUCACCUAAGAAGAAAAAGGCCAAGACAAGAAGACAACGUGACUUGAAAGCCUGUGAAGUACAAAUUGAUUACAAGCCAACUAAAUUGAAAAGAUUAUUGGACUUUAAACAAUCAGGUAGCACAAGCAUUAAUGAUUAUAAGUUAGUGGAUAAGGAUAAUCACGAGAUAUCUAUAGAUUUCAAUGGGUUCUUGAAUGGAAGAUUCUUAACAAACGACACUGAUAACAACAACUACAUCUUUACCAAAAAUGAAUUGCAACGAAAUAGUGGUGAUACAACUCCCCAGAUAUCCAAUCAAAAGGAAGAUCCUAAAGUCAUUUCAUGUUAUAGAAGAAACUACAUUCAAAUAUCUCUUAAUAUGAACAUUCAUGGUUUUAAUGGAGAUUCAAAAUUGUUAAAGUUACAAACUAGUGAGUAUGGAUAUACUGUAUCCCGAGUCAUCAAAUAUUUCAAAGUUGAGAUCUUAGCAACCACUAAUAUAGCAAAUAGUAAGAAUGUUCCAAUCUUAAUCAAGAAUGAUCCAAAGGAUGUCGAGAAGGAGAAAGAAAAGGAAAGCAAGAAACAGACACAACAACAAUCUUCAUAUGAGUAUAAAGAUGACUUAGUGCAACCAAGCUCAAUUACUUCCCAUGAACAUAUUAUAAUUCUUAACAAUGACACCCCUAUUGAAAAUGGUCAAAUCGAUAAAUUCUUUGUUGUUAAGAAAUUACAAUUCAAGAAUGCAACUCCAAAUAAUGGUAACCUUACAUUUCAAAACUAUUAUCAUUUAAAGAUUAAAUUGAGUUGUAUUGUUGCUGAUCUUUAUUAUGAUGAUUAUGUUGAAGAUGAAGGUACGAUAGGUAACAAUGCAUCUACUACUGCUAAUAAUGGAGGUAAUAAUGAAGUGGUUUUAGCUGAAUUAAUAAGUGAACCAAUUAUUGUCCGUGGACGUAAUCCAAGUUUCUAUGCUGAAAGAAAAGAUAUUCUUAUUAAAGGGAGAUACUCUACUUCAAAGCGUUCAUUCAAGAUUGCUGCUCAAUCUGCUCAAGCUCAUUUACAAAGUGGUGAAGAACAAGACACUGACUAUCAUAAUGAAGAUGAGGAUGAAGAAGAAGAUGCCAAUGUUGUUGAUACCAUGAACGUGGAUGAAGAAGACGAACAACAAUUUCCACGAAGGAUUUCUUCAAUUGAUGAAAAUGCAAAUGGUGCUGAUGAAGAUGGAUCUCCAAUUUCAUCGAUUACAGAUGAAGCGAGACCUGGCCUGCUAAAUCAAUUGGUGCUUUCCAGUAAUCAACAAGUACCUCCAUUGGCAUAUUCUACCAAUCAGCUGGCACUUGAUUUGAAAUCGGUAAAGGGAUAUAAGUAUUAUCCUAUAUCCAACGUAUAUUACCUACCACCUAUUAAUGUUGUAUAUUUCCCACAUAGAGCACAUCAAGCACAGAAGGAAGAUGUGGAAGUUCCAAUAGAGCCAGUGGUUAAUCAAAAUAGAAAAAGUUCCAACGUUUACUUCAAGUGA